AUAAUAGCAAGUAGUAAUAAAAAUUGCUUCCUAUCAUACCCGGGUUCAGCUGGGGAUAAUACAGAAUUGCUUACUUGCUGGAAACAAAGAGAGACAGGGGGCAGAGACAUCCAGACAUGUUGCAGUGUAUAUUUCUCCUAUCGGAUUCUGGAGAGGUGAUGCUAGAGAAACAGCUAACAGGGCAUCGCGUUGACAGAUCAAUAUGUGAUUGGUUUUGGGAUCAUGCUAUUUCUCAAGGUGACGCUUUCAAGUCACAGCCAGUGAUUGCUUCACCAACUCACUAUCUUUUCCAAGUUGUUCGAGAGGGGAUUACCUUUUUAGCUUGCACCCAAGUUGAAAUGCCACCUUUGAUGGGAAUUGAGUUCCUCUGCAGAGUAGCGGAUGUCCUCUCAGAUUAUCUUGGUGGCCUGAAUGAAGAUGUGAUAAAAGAUAACUUUGUAAUUGUUUAUGAGCUUCUGGAUGAGAUGAUAGACAAUGGCUUCCCUCUCACAACUGAACCAAACAUUCUGAGAGAGAUGAUAGCUCCACCAAAUAUUGUCAGCAAAGUUUUGAGCGUGGUGACUGGUAAUAGUUCCAAUGUAAGUGAUACCCUUCCUGGUGCAACAGGGUCUUGCGUUCCAUGGAGGGCAGCAGAUCCAAAAUAUGCAAACAAUGAAGUUUAUGUUGAUCUUGUUGAAGAAAUGGACGCAGUUAUAAACAGGGAUGGGGUGUUGGUCAAAUGUGAAAUCUACGGUGAAGUUCAAGUAAACUCCCAUCUCUCAGGUCUUCCGGAUUUGACACUUUCUUUUGCAAACCCAUCCAUUCUGGAUGAUGUGAGAUUUCAUCCCUGUGUUCGCUUUCGACCUUGGGAAUCCCAUCAAAUUUUGUCAUUUGUACCUCCUGACGGAGAGUUUAAGCUAAUGAGUUAUAGAGUUAAAAAGUUGAAGAGUACUCCCAUAUACGUAAAGCCACAGCUAACAUCAGAUGCUGGGAAAUGCCGUGUUAAUGUGUUGGUUGGCAUAAGAAAUGAUCCUGGAAAGACAAUCGACUCAAUAACUGUGCAGUUUCAACUACCUCCUUGCAUUUUAUCGGCUGAUUUGACUUCAAAUCAUGGAACUGUAAACAUCCUCAGCAACAAGAUCUGCUCUUGGUCAAUUAAUCGGAUUCCAAAGGAUAAAGCUCCAUCAUUGUCUGGCACAUUAGUGCUUGAGUCAGAAUUGGAUCGGCUUCAUGUUUUUCCCACAUUUCGAGUGGGUUUUAGGAUUAUGGGUGUUGCCCUAUCUGGCUUGCAAAUAGAUAAACUGGAUCUAAGGACUGUACCAAAUCGUCUGUACAAAGGUUUCAGAGCUCUGACACGAGCAGGGGAAUUUGAAGUGAGGUCAUAAUUUUGAAUAUUUUUAUCAAGAUGAGUUGUUGAGGGGCUUGUUUAUCAGUGUUCUGAUGCGGCUCAAUUGCUGCAAUUACUUCAUUGUUGCUAAUUCAGAAACUGCUGUAUUUCAUAUGAAAUGGGAACUCAUACUGUCAAAAGUCCUUUUUCUUUAGCACUAUAAGGACUUAAUGAUUUCUU